AUGGUGAACUCCGACCCUGAGCAUCCCCCUGGCGAGCCGGCCCCUGAGAUCCUCGAGGAGCGCAUCUGGAUCGAUGGCUGCUUCGACUUUUUCCACCACGAGCCAGUCUUGCUGAUGAUCAUCGUAGGCCAUGCCGGAGCCAUCGUGCAAGCCCGCCAGCUGGGCAGCGAGCUGUACAUCGGUGUCCACUCCGACGAGGCCAUCCUCGAGAACAAGGGCCCGACAGUCAUGAACCUGCAAGAGCGUUGCGCCGUUGUCACUCACAUCAUCAGCCUGGCCGCCGUCGACGCCUGCCGCUGGGUCACAAAGUCCAUCGGCCGGGCCCCCUACGUCACGCAGCUCGAAUGGAUCAGCCACUACGGCUGCAAGUACGUCGUGCACGGCGACGACAUCACCUCGGACGCCGACGGCUACGACUGCUACCGCUUCGUCAAGGAGGCCGGCCGCUUCAAGGUCGUCAAGCGCACCCCGAGCAUCUCCACCACCGACCUCGUCGGCCGCAUGCUCCUGUGCACAAAGACCCACUUCAUCAAGUCCCUCGAGAAGCAGCUCGCCGGCGAGGAGGGCCAGGGCACCUCCGAGGCCGCCAUCAAGGCCGAGGCCGAGGCCAUGACGGAGCGCAUGAAGCUCUACGCCACCGACGAGACGGGCAAGAACCCCGGCGUCGAGGUGUGGUUCUGGUCCGCCUCCGGCGAGGCCAAGGCCGAGGCCGUCGUCGAGGAGAAGGGCGACUUUAGACGGUUCCUGCCCGGCAAGGGCCCGAAGCCUGGCCAGCGCGUCGUCUACGUCGAUGGCGGCUUCGACCUGUUCUCCAGCGGACACAUUGAGUUCCUGCGCCGGGUGGUUGAGGCCGAGGAGGAGCUGGCCCGCAAGGAAGGAUGGUACUCGGAGCAGGCCAUCAACGAGCGCGUCGGCAAGGGUGGCGACUACCCGCCCGCGUACGUCGUGGCCGGCAUCCACUCGGACGAGGAGAUUAACCACUGGAAGGGCAUCAACUACCCCAUCAUGAACAUUUACGAGCGCGGACUGUGCGUGUUGCAGUGCAGGUACGUCAACGCCGUCGUCUUCGGCGCGCCCUUCUCGCCGACCAAGGCCUACCUCACGGCGCUGCCGUGGGGCACCCCGGACGCCGUGUACCACGGCCCCACGGCCUUCAUGCCGCUGACGUACGACCCGUACACGGCGCCCAAGGAGAUGGGCAUCAUGCGGGAGGUGGGCGAGCACGAGUUUGCGGGCGUCAACGCCGGCACCAUCGUGCAGCGCAUCAUGAAGAGCCGCGACAUGUACGAGGAGCGGCAGCGCAAGAAGGGCAUCAAGGCCGAGGGCGAGACCGCGGCGCGGGACCGCGAGAUGCUGGAGCAGGAGCAGGCGAGGCGCGAGGCCGAGCGGGCGCGCAAGUGA